AUGCUCGGCCCGCUCCGCACGACCUUGCGCCAUACCCAACCACUCGCCGCGCACUGCGCGCGCGCGCGCGCAUUCCACGCGUCCGCUGCAGCCCGUUCUGGCCUCACCAACCUCUUUGAAGCCGGCGACAACCCGCCUUUGAGCGUAUCGAAACUCGACGCGCGCGGCUUCCAUCUCUCGGACGGCCUGCUGGUCCCUGGCGGCCUGGUGUUUGUCGACGGCCGCGCAUUGCUCUGGGACGUGGACCCGCCCGGAGAUUCCAAGGGCGGCAUGGCGGCCGCGUGGGCGGGAUGGAGUGCGGAGCGGUUCGAGGUGUUUGAGCGCGUCGUGCCGCGACCAGAAAUCCUCCUCUUCGGCACGGGCGCACGCGUGCUCCCUCCGCCGCGGGAGGUGCGCGAUUACAUCUCGAGUCUCGGGAUUCAGUUGGACGUCAUGGACUCUCGCAAUGCGGCUAGUACUUAUAACCUGCUGUUUGAGGAGGGGCGGACUGUUAGCGCCGCGCUGUGUCCCCUCCAGCCUGUGGAUUCGCGGACGGGCGAGCACAAGAAGUAG